GCGCCGCCACGGGCAGCGCCCCCCGGGCACGCGGCAUGCGGGCGGCAGACUCUGGCACCUGGGAGCGCGUCCGCCAGCUCGCCGCACAGGGCGAGCCGGCGCCUUCCUGCGGGGCGGGGGCCGGGCCGGCACGCCACCCGGGGCCCGCAGCCUGCGAGCCAGGUGCGGACGCGGCGGCGCCCGGCGAUCGGCCCCGCGCCGGGGCACCCUCAGUUCGAGCGGAUGGCGACUGCAAGAAGCCGGCGCUCCUGCGGGAGGAAGUGUCACGGCUCCAGGAGGAAGUUCACCUUCUCCGGCAGAUGAAGGAGAUGUUGAUGAAGGACCUGGAGGAGUCGCAGGGUGGCAAGUCCUCCGAGGUCCUCUCGGCCACCGAGCUCAGGGUCCAGCUGGCCCAGAAGGAGCAGGAGCUAGCCAGAGCCAAAGAAGCAUUGCAGGCCAUGAAAGCAGACCACAAGCGCCUGAAGGGUGAGAAGACGGACCUGGUGAGCCAGAUGCAGCAGCUGUACGCCACGCUGGAGAGCCCCGAGGAGCAGCUCCGGGACUUCAUCCGCAACUACGAGCAGCACCGCAAGGAAAGCGAGGACGCUGUCAAAGCCCUGGCCAAGGAGAAGGACCUGCUGGAGCGCGAGAAGUGGGAGCUGAGGCGCCAAGCCAAGGAGGCCACGGACCACGCCACGGCGCUGCGCUCCCAGCUGGACCUCAAGGACAACCGGAUGAAGGAGCUGGAGGCCGAGCUGGCCAUGGCCAAGCAGUCCUUAGGCACGCUGACCAAGGACGUCCCCAAGCGGCAUUCACUCGCCAUGCCUGGCGAGACAGUGCUGAACGGCAACCAGGAGUGGGUGGUGCAGGUGGACCUCCCGCUGACCGCGGCCAUCCGGCAGAGCCAGCAGACUCUCUACCACUCGCACCCCUACCCCCACCCCGCAGACCGGCAAGCGGUCAGGGUGAGCCCCUGCCACUCCCGGCAGCCCUCCGUCAUCUCCGACGCCUCUGCGGCUGAAGGCGACCGGUCGUCCACGCCAAGCGACAUCAACUCCCCUCGACACCGGACGCACUCCCUCUGCAACGGCGACAGUCCCGGCCCGGUUCAGAAGAACCUGCACAACCCCCUUGUACAGUCACUAGAGGAUCCUGAAGACCAAAAACGGAAAAAGAAGAAAGAGAAGAUGGGAUUCAGCUCCAUCUCGCGAGUCUUCGCCAGAGGGAAGCAGCGGAAGUCCCUCGACCGCCUCUUUGAUGGUACCGCCCCUGAUUAUUACAUAGAGGAGGACGCAGACUGGUGAUACCCGCCUCCCUUCGCCUGCUGCCCGGCGGGCGUGUCUGUGCGUGUGGACGUGCGUGCGAGCGUGGGGUGCGCGUCUGGGCGUGCGUGGCAGUGCGUGUGCGCGUGCGCGCAAGCUCUUGCGCACGUGGGCGCGGGUGUGGCCGCGCCCCGCCCACGUGGGCCCCGCCCCCGCCCCCGCGUCGCCACCUCUGUAAUUGCUGUACAUACUACAAACGUGUGUGACCCUGUCAACUCUCUGUUGUCUUUGGAGCGAUAUAGUUGUGUUGUUAAUCUGGGUUUUGUUUUUGUUUCUUUCCAUGUUUUUUUUCCCUUUUUGUUUGGUUCUUUGGGUUGUUUCUUUUGUCCCUUCCCCUCCAACUCCUUUUUAUGAAACUUGAAAACUUGAAGGACUGCUGUGUAUUUGUAAAUAACAAAAGUAUUGUGCACUCCGUGCUUGUAAAUGUCCCUCGUCCGAACUGCUACUUCUGGAGCCCGUCUCCCCGAGGAUGUGGUCUGUUUUUGAUGUUCCCCCUCCCACUCCACUCUCAGUGUGAACGUGUGGGACCAGACCCUGUUCUCGGGGUGCGCCCAAGUCACUUUAACCACUAAACGCCAUCGUCAUCAGGGUAAAGGUCCACUCUUCACAAAGACUCGCGAGCCUGGCCAAGGGGCCCUAUCUUGGCUGGGUUUGUCAGGGGCCAAAUGGGCUCUUUUUUAACGGCCGGCCAGUUUCUAAAUUGCGUUGCUGUUUCUUUAUUUACGGGGAAAAGAAAAUUGUUCCGUUUAAUUUAUUUGCACAAAUGCAGAAGACUUAUUCUAACUAAAUUAUUACAUAAAUAUUGGAAUGUAUAUUUUUCCACGGGGCGGGUGGGAGGCGGGUGUCUCUGCAGACUUCUCUAGUCUUUGAUCAUGCUGCUGCCAAACUGUGCAAGGUAGAGUUUAGGGUGGCCAGGACCCAGGGACCAUUGGAUUUCGAAGCUUGCUUUUUUUCCGUUCUUUCUCCUCUCUGCCCCCUUCUCCCGCCCCUGCAUGGAAGUGCGCUCUGCCUUUCUUCCCAGCUAUAGCUCUCUCCAGGCCUUUCUAGACAUAUUUAUUUAUCUGAAAUACAGAGCACCGACCUCAGUGAGCAGAGUGCCUACUGUCAAGGUCACUUCCUCUUGGAUCUGUCUUUCGAGAGAAGCUGGGUAUAGGGCGAGACAGCCGACUG